CACCAAGAGCACAGACUGCCGUCCGUACACUUGUGUGGGUUUUGUUGCUUUCCGCUGGUAGUCAUGUUACGCGAUUUGGGCUGGAUAACAGUUGAAACCAAAUACUGAGAACCAGUCAACGGUUGUAUAUCGUCGGUUUCGGUUCGAAAUUAUUCGUUUCCCGCCAGAGGCUUAACAGAAGCAAAGAGUUUUUAUCGUGUGUUCAUUCAAACUGAUUCGUAUUCCAUGAUUCGAAAAGAUAAUAUUUGACUUUUUUCAAAAGAAAAAAGAAUUAUAGUUUCACGCAAAAAAUUUUGUUGAAUUGCCACUACUGCAUAUUUGUUAUGUGCAAAAUUUCGGAGAAACAGCGCCAAAGUGUUGGGAUUAAUAGCGACACAUCUUCUAGACUUGUUUUAUUACUAAAUGUGAAAUUUCAAUCGAUUCUAUCGAAAUCGACGACAACAACAUUGAGCGCCCGUUCAAGUGAAAAAUAAGAAGAUAUUGUGCAUUGUGAUUGUGAAGAUAAAGUGGAAAUAGAGUUUGGUUGCAAGAGAAAGUUAAUUUCCUCUUGCGACUCAUACGUUGAAUUAAAACUUAGAAAAAUUUUGACCGAAAUAUCUAAAGCUCCCCCAAGAGCUGUCGCACUGGCGUCAUAUUUGGGGGAAGGAUAUCCACAAUCGCUUGUGAAUCGAACGCCUGCCAAAGACUUAAUGGCAUUUGGUUCGGUGUUGCAACAUACCCAACACAACAUUGGUCAUGCAGAGCCAUCAGUUGGUGUUGGUGAUCAUUGUGCCGGUUGCAAUCAGCCCAUUUUAGAAAAAUUCCUUCUGAAUGUGUGCGAACGACGAUGGCACCAACAUUGUGUACGAUGUAGUGAAUGUAACGGGCCUUUGAGCGAUAAAUGCUUUAGCCGAGAUGGAAAAUUAUUCUGUAAAAAAGAUUUUUUUAGGCGUUAUGGCACCAAAUGCAACGGUUGCAAUCAAGGCAUCUCACCGUCGGAAUUAGUCAGAAAAUCGCGAGACAAUAAAGUGUUCCAUUUAAAUUGUCUCACAUGUUUUAUAUGCCGACGCGAAUUGAGCACCGGGGAUCAAUUAUAUAUAGUAGAUGAUAAUAAAUUUAUGUGUAAAGAGGAUUAUAUGCAUCACAAGCACGGUCAGCAUUCAUCGUAUUCAGAUCCAUUAUUGGGCUCCGGCUCCGAAGACGAAGAAGAUGACGAACCAGCGCAUCAUAUUCGAGGCGGUGGCUUAGGAUUAGGUGCGUUAGUCGGAUUAGGUGGAAACGGUCCAGAUUCACUCGGCGCUUUAGGUCCAUCUGAUAUGUCAGUACAAAGUACGAAUAGCGAUAGUAAAAUGACGCAAGAUGAUUCCGAUCAAGGUUCCAUCGAUGGUGAUCCUGAUUGUCGUGGUGAUUCACAGGCGGAAAACAAAAGCCCUGAUGACGGUGCGAACGGUUCAAAACGACGCGGCCCGCGAACAACAAUCAAAGCCAAACAACUAGAUGUACUGAAAAAUGCAUUCAGUCAAACACCAAAACCAACGCGACACAUCCGUGAGCAGUUAGCUAAAGAAACCGGUUUGCCGAUGAGAGUGAUACAAGUAUGGUUCCAAAAUAAGCGAUCAAAAGAACGGCGAAUGAAACAAUUGACGAGUAUGGGUCGUGGUCCAUUUUUUGGUGGUGCACGAAAAAUGCGCGGCUUCCCGAUGAAUCUGUCACCGGGUGGAUUAGAUGAAGCUGGCUUCCCAUAUUUCGGUCAUGAAGGAAAGUUCGAAUUCGGAUACGGCGGACCACCAUUUCAUUCACACGGUGAUGCCCCAUUCUUCCCUGGCCAUCCCAUUGGACCACUGCCGUUUAAUGCAUCAGGACCAAUCGAUCACCCAAACUCGAUGCCGAUGGUAAAUGAAUUUGGCGGCAUGACGCCGGAGUCGAACUUUAUGAAUCAAAAUGCGUCGAAUCAAGGAGGUGGCGGAGGUGUGAAUGGGCCUGGAAAUGGUGUAAAUCCGGACCACAUCAUCAACAACCAACGAAAUGCGUCUCCUUCCGAAUUUAUGUCAUCGGGUAACUUUUCGGAACCACAAAACAUGCAAAAUGAAGGUUUGGUUUGGUAAAAGUGAUUGGACGAUGGCUGAAAUGCACGGCAUUUUAGAAAUAGAAUCUCACAUUUCUUCGCAAUGAUUCCAUGUUGGGAAAAAAAAUCGCCAAAAUUCUUCUCGAUCAGCGAACAUAUCACAAAAAAAAAAAAAAAUAUUUGUCCGGCGAUUUGCACCAAUGGAACGAAGAAUUCAAAACAAAACAAAACAUUGUGUACUUUAUUGUUCAUAUCUUUUACACAAAGAAAGCGCAGCCAAUUCUACUGGAGUGAAAAGUAUGGAACACGUUCUGUUUGUAAAUAUCUUUGAAAGAAAUGGAGGAAACUUUAAUUUAUAGAAUGGUAAUGAUAUGUUGAUAGAUUUAAAAAUUGUGUAAUCGUACACUGGUAAAUAGAAUUCACAGAUAUUGCUAUUGUAUGUAGGUAAUCGCCAACUGUUGAUUGAUACCGAAACUGUUUAGCUUGUAUUCAAUAUGUGAAUAGUUCCAGAGUAUUUAAACGUAUUUGUGCAACAGUAUCACACUCAUCUGACUAAAUAAUCAACUGAAACAAAGAAAAAAUAAGCACAAAAUCCCUUAUUGAUUUGCAUCUUAAUCACAACCAUUAGUGGAAAUGCACACAAAUUUUCGAAUACAUGAUUAUUACGUUAAAAAGAACACAUUAUACACAACAAAUUUAGCCGAAAUACAAGACAUACAUUUUUGCAAUAAGAUGCUUUUUGAAAGGCUUGGAAAAAGAAAUCAAAUGCAGCUCAUUCAUAUUUUGAUCCGUGAGUUGAAACACAAAAAAAUUGUGAAAGUAUAUAUGGAAAGAGUCUCUAGAGUAAUCGAUUUAUAUUUAUUUGGUAGCAGAACAACAUUCGUCUCAUAAUUUAAGAUUUACUUAUAUACACAAAGCAUGUAAGAAACACGUCAAAUGUAGCAAACUACAAAACCGUAAGUUACGAUAAUAUUGAUAUCGUUUUUAUGCCUGGAUGAGCCAAUCAAAUUCGUAUAGCAAAAAAUGUGAAAUACGUUGUAAGUACAGUGAAGGUGUAAAUGCGUUUAAUCCUCAAAUUUCCUAUUGCAUUUUGUUAUGAAGCUUAUCAAACCGUCAUCCACAUUUUCAUCACAUUUUAUUUCUCAAUCGCUUUCAAGCAAAAAAAAAAAAAAAAAAAACAAAUUGCACAUUAAUAUUUUAAUAAAUUAGAGCAUUUCAAAUUUAUUUAGAAAAAGAAGAAAAAUCAUUCGUGAUUCUCAAUCAACGUAUUUCCAAUGAGCAGAUUCCGAUCAAAAUUAAAUUGAAUGUUAAUGUAAAUAAUUUUUUACGCCAGGAAACAAACAAGUUACAAUACAAAUCACAAAAGCGAUCAUACAGAAAUAGCAGCAGCAGCAACAACAAAACUGAGCUACAUUUUUCUGGUAGAAAUGAACACAAAGAUUGCGAUAAUAAAACAUUUAUUAUUUGAUUAAUAAGUGAAAACGAUACGUUUUAAGUUAUUGUUUAGUUCAAUAUUAUGUACAACUAUUGCACCGACAGGAGAGAAAAUAUGAGCAACAACAUGAACACACAAGCUAGAUGAUAAAAAAAAGCAGCGCAAAUUAUUUAAAAACAAAACUAUAUAGAGAAGAGAAAAAAAGAAUGCGAAACAAAUUCUAUAAUAAAAAAAAAUAAAUGUUUUAAUAUGUAAACCUCAUUGUUUCUCUUGCCCAUAAAAAAUGAAUGUAUCAAAUACUUCUUGUUUUUUUAUGAAAAAAAAAAAAAAUAUGUGUGUGUAAAUGUCAUUCAAUGGGCAUAAUUUUAUCGAUUUAUUGGAGGAAAAUAAAGAAAUUUCAUGAAAUUUUA